AUGCCAAAAAGUUACAGAAAUCAUUCAAAAACAGCAAGAAAUCCUAAACGUCCCUUUGAAAAAGAACGUUUAGAUCAGGAAUUGAAAUUGAUUGGUGAAUAUGGUCUUAAAAAUAAAAGAGAAAUAUGGAGAGUCCAAUAUUUGUUAGCAAAAAUUCGUUCGGCAGCUAGAUAUUUAUUAACGCUAGAUGAAAAAAGCCCAAAGAGAAUUUUUCAAGGAGAAGCUUUAUUAAGAAGAAUGGUUCGUCAAGGUUUAUUAGGAGAAAAUGAAGAAAAAUUAGAUUAUGUAUUAGGUUUAACUUUGCCUAAAUUAUUAGAAAGGAGAUUACAAACAAAAGUAUUUAAAUUGGGUUUAGCAAAAUCUGUACAUCAUGCUAGAGUAUUAAUUAGACAAAGACAUAUUAGAGUAGGUAAACAGAUGGUUGAUAUUCCAUCCUUUUUAGUUCGUGUAGAUUCAGAAAAGCAUAUCGAUUUUGCUACUACUUCUCCAUUUGGUGGUGCUAAACCAGGAAGAGUUAAGAGAAAAACUUUGAGAAAUCAAAAAGAAAAAAAUGAGACAGAAGAAAAUAAUUAA